CCAGGGAGACUAACAAUAUAAAUUAAAAAGAAAAAGUGGAACCACAGUCCAAAAUUCAACUCACCAUGAUAAUCAACAUUGCAUCAUACAAAAAGUGCCAGGUUUGUUAUGCUCCAAAGGCCUUCCAGUACACGGAGAUCUUAAGGGCUAACCCCUGAAUGAACAUGGAAGGGACGGGACCAGCAAUUUUCAUAGUUUAACCCUCCCAUGUAUCGCUACCACGCAGCCCGCAGCGAAACCUCUGCACAAGCAAGCUCAACGAGUUUGUGAGGCGGAGAGGGAGUUUGCAAAACGAAAGAGGAGGGACAGUAAUAGAAAAGAGGGGGCUCCAUUGGACCCAGACGUUACCAACCUCGCCGAAUCAGAAUUACUGGAGCCACCCCCUUGCAGAGAACUAGCCACGGGAGAGAAAGGUUCUCGCCUUCAAUCAGAAGAAAAUUAGAUGCGUUUGGCAAAGAGACUAUAAUUCCCAUGAGUCUUGUCUCCCACGGAAAAUAGCGACGAGAGCAACGAAAGAAGUUGAGUCUUUCGGGAGCUGUAGUUCAAUGCCUUCAUAAGGGCGUGGCCGGAGGGCGGUCUUUAAUUCUCAUAAGAGGGAAGGCGCUCGGCUGGAAGAGAGUUUGUUCAAGCGUUUGGCGGGACUUUUGUUAUCGUUAGAUUAUUAUUUUUUUCUGUUGUGAUCUUGAUCCUGUGAGAGGGGGCGAACCUUUUCCAAGGCUCGGGUUUGCACCAGCUGAGAGCUGCUGACUUGACAAGGCUGAGCGCUUCCCCCCCCCAUUGUCUAUCAGACUUGUUGGAAUUCCUUCAUUUACAUCAACUCUGCAGACAAGAAUCGCUGUCACUGCUCCAGCCGAGAAGUAAGCCAGACUUGAGUGCUUUAGGUUCUGGUGUGCAAAAGCCAUGGAUGCCGAGAGCAUUGUGCAGCAGCUGCAGCUGGAAUUGGCUUGCACCAUUUGCUUGAAAAGCUUCUUAGACCCAGUCACUCUCGACUGUGGGCACAACUUCUGCCACAACUGCAUUGUGAAUUACUGGGCAGCCCUUUCCAAAAGCACCGCCUGCCCUCAGUGUGAGCAGGAGCCUUCUCGUAUAUGCCUCAUCCCAAACAGGCAGCUGGCCAAUAUGAUUAAGCUAAUGAAAGAGCUGAGCGAGCAGGCAAAGCAAGCAGCAGGAAAGGGGAAAGCCUGUGAGAAGCACCGGGAGGAGCUGAUAUUUUUCUGCAAGGAUGAUCUAAUUCCCUUCUGCUCAGUGUGUGACAAAUCCGAGGAGCAUCAGGCGCAUAGUGUCAUCCCUGUGUCAAAAGCUGCGGAAGAGUAUAAGGAUCAUUUUUUAAGAAGCAUUAAGGUUCUAAAUCAGGAAAAAGAAAAGAUUCUGGAGCAUCAGUCUGAUGCAGAAGGGCUAAUCCUAGCCAUGCUUCACGAAACAGAAGAGGACAAGCAGUUCAUGGUGGCUGAGCUUGAAGAACUGCGCCAGUUUCUGGUGGACCAAGAGAACCUUCUGCUGAACCAGAUCAUGGGAGACUUGGAGAAGGAGAUCAUAUGGAAGAAGAGCCAGAAUGAGGCCAUAGCCUUCCGGAAACUCACCACUCUUGAUGAUAUCAUCCAGGAGCUGAAGACCAAGUAUCAUCAACCAACGCUUGAACUCUUGCAGGAUGUUGGGAGUACCUUGGAAAAGUGCGACAAGAGGUCUGCAAGUCCAGAGCGUAUUCCACCAGAGCUGAGCUUGAGGACCUGGGACUUCUGUGAUUUUAAUGCCUUUCUGGAGGGAGCUGCAAAGCAAUUUAAAGACUCUCUGAUAUCUGGAUAUCAAAUACAGAAAGCAAAUGUGACUUUGGAUCCCGACACGGCUCAUCCCCGACUCAUUCUCUCUACGGAUCGCAAAAGUUUGCGGCUGCGAGACGCACCUCAAGACCUGCCCAUGAACGACAGGAGACUUAACCAGACUUUUUCUGUGCUGGGCUGUGAGAAAUUCACAGCAGGCAGGCACUACUGGGAUAUUACUCUGGGAAACGAGGGUGACUGGGGCAUUGGGGUCGCUACCCAUUCGACGGGGAGAAAAGGCUCUGUCUCCCUUACCCCUACAGAAGGGAUCUGGGCUGUCGCAAAGCAGGGCGAGUGCUGGACAUACCUCAACCCUCCUUAUGUUGUGUCUAUGGCUGUGGGAAAGUUGCCCAAGAGGCUCCGAGUGUCUCUGAACUAUGUUGGGGGCCGGGUGGCCUUUUCUGAUAUUGAUGAAGGAACAGAGUUCUACGCAUUCCAAUCGUUAUCCUUCACUGGAGAGCCCCUUCACCCCUUCUUUUGGCUUCAGGAAAAAGCCCACCUCACCCUCUCUCCCUAAAACAGUCCAAAUUGACCUGGCAGGCCCAGCUGUCCACUGGUCUCCAGCCUCAUUCCUGGCUUCACUUUCCCUCUACGCCCAGCCCUCCCCCACCCACAGGGCUACUGCUACUCAAGGAGGCUGCUGUGACCCUUUAGGCCGAAUCUCUCCGUUCCCAGUGGCUGUUCUCUUGUUACUGAAUGGAGUCCCCCAGCAAACAAGGAGCCUUCUGUGAGGUUUUUCAGGGGCAGAAGCAGCUGCUGCUGUGGGGGAGCAGUUGGGGUGGGUAGCUAUUAUUCCAAAGGGGGAGGGGGGACACUCCCAUCAUGAUUUGUAAUUGGUUUUAAAGCAGACUAGAAUUUGUUAAUUUUCUAUAUCAAUUCGUUCUUUUGUCUGCUCAAGAAUACUGUGGGGUUUUUUGGGGGGGAUUACUAAUCUAAUAAAAGCUGCUUCUUUUCAGACUCAAA